AUGAUCCUCAUCACUAUCGCCAUCAUCGAGUCGAAGAAGAUCAAAUUCAACCGACAAGGCCGCAUCAUGAAACACGAGGUUGUGGUGGAUUUCGUCGUCGACCUGUACACGCUAUACAACUUCUACCUGGAUGCCGAGGGCCUCUACCAGGUCCGAGCAUCGAUGCAAGCAGAUCCGAGGUAUUACUCGCAAGUGCUCCUAGGCCCGGCAAGGCGGCUGAACGCCACUUACGUGAGCAAGUCGUUCUUCGUGACUCGAACCUGCGACUCCAUCCAGAACGACCUGAACGAGACGCUGCGCUUCGAGGUCCACCUCUUUCUCAAGGACGAUGUUCGAGUGCGACUCGUGAAUGCGUUCUACGAACUGCGCCUGGAAAUCUGGUGCUCCAAGUCCGAAAAACAUGAUUCACCAUCGAGGAACCAGCGGCCGGAGCCUUUCGUGGCCGUGACGGCGCGCGUGCUGACCUUGAACUUUGACCCCGUGCGCGGCCUGCACGACUACUACCCACUAGUGUUCGAAGUGGGCAACGUCAGCCUGCUCACCAUGACCGUGCACGCUUCCCUGGUCACCAUCUGCAUACCAAGCGGCGAGAGCAUGAGGAACGCAUCCGUUGGUCACAUAGUCGGCCAGCUUUGCAUGUGCGAUGGCCAGAGCUCGUGCUGCUAUUCGUCCACCAUCGACAAGGCGGUGCAGCAGGAGCUGAACUCACUGCUCGUGGCGACCGCGUCUCACCUACGCAAGAUCCUGGAGGAACACAAACGCAUCGCGCCGAUCAGUCGGAAAAGCAAAAAUAAAGACGUCGACAUCGGUAAUGACCCUGGAUCAGAAAGGGCUCGACUGCGAGUGAGUCGGUACAGCACGUUCGACCGACCGGAGGCGGUGCGCUUCUCGGACGAAGAGGCCAAGAAGCUGAGCACCAUCCUGGUCGUACUGUGGGAGCAGUACGUCGAGGCCGUCGCGGGACACCAGGAGCUGCGCUUCGUGCUCUACGAGCCGCUGCAGAAGGCGCGCAUCGCGAGGCUCGCCGAGGCGUACCUCAUCCUCGACAAGGACAUGGGCGCCGUCUACUACGACCCCGUGCUCGGCGAAGACACAUACAGGCGGAUGGUUCGCAAGAUCCGCACCUCAAACUACUUCAAGUCGUUUCCUGUGCUGGAAAUCGAAUGCUGGCCCCUGGACGGCAACCACAAGAACACGCCCAUCAUCUUCGAAGAGCGCUACCGGCCGUUCUCCGCAAUGACACCGAUAACCUCCGAAGAGGGCGACUCGAGCGGAAAGCUCGACGAGGUGGCCGAGCUAGCGUCGCUCCACUCCCUGACAGCCGGAAGCAUGGAGCUACUGGCGCUAUCCUCGCAUCCAGAGAGCGAGGUGUGCAACUGCUGGCGCCAGUUUCGCGCCACGGACUUCCGGCUCCGGAGGGCAUCGUCCGCUUCGCUGCCGCCGGCGCUGGCUGAGCUGUACCAGGGUGCUGACUCCGCUUGCUCCUUCCGCAUCAACGACUCUCAAAGACAGCGCCUCCUCUAUGUUGGCUGGAAUUGA